UUUUUUUUUUUUCUCACUAACUUCCUUCCUGUUCUAACUGCCAGUACUCAGAAGUCAGAGUUGAGAGGCAGAGGCACCCCGGACAGAGACGAGAAGCACUGAAUAUCAAGAUGACUGAAAAGGACCCAGAGCCACAGUUGGAUGAUGGUGAUGAUGAGUUAGACAGCAAGCUCAAUUAUAAGCCUCCACCUCAGAAAUCCCUGAAGGAGCUGCAAGAGAUGGAUAAAGAUGAUGAAAGUCUAACUAAGUACAAGAAAACACUGCUGGGGGAUGGUCCUGUGAUAGCAGACCCAACAGUCCCCAAUGUCACUGUUACCCGACUUACCCUGGUUUGUGACAGUGCACCAGGACCAAUCACUAUGGACCUUACCGGGGAUCUUGAAGCCCUCAAAAAAGAAACCUUUGUGCUGAAGGAAGGUAUUGAGUACAGAGUCAAAAUCAACUUCAAAGUGAACAAGGAUAUUGUGUCAGGCCUGAAGUAUGUCCAGCACACCUACCGAACUGGGCUGAAAGUGGAUAAAGCAACAUUUAUGGUUGGCAGCUAUGGGCCUCGGCCAGAGGAGUAUGAAUUCCUCACCCCAACUGAGGAGGCUCCCAAAGGCAUGCUGGCCAGGGGCACAUACCACAACAAGUCCUUCUUCACUGAUGACGACAAGCACGACCACCUCACCUGGGAGUGGAACCUGUCCAUUAAGAAGGAUUGGACAGAAUGAAUGUUUCUGCCCAUCCCUCCCCCUCCCCUUGCCACCUGAAUCCUCCCAGUCACAAGGGUACCCAGUCUCUCCUCCCUCCCUGUUCACAGCUGGAUCCCUUCUCUGACACUGCCCACAUUUCCGUAUUGUUGCACCUUAUCCCAUCCUGUCUCUCAAAAUGGUUCCUUGCACAUGAGGCUUAAUACCCAGGCUUUAACUCUGCCUGCUUCCUCUGACCCCCAAUCAGAGCCAGAUCUUUUAAGUUCUCCAUUUCUUUUAAUGUUUCCCUCUCUUCUUCACGUCUGAGCAUCAAGAGGCCAGGAAAUGGGCAAACUACCAUGAACAGUCCUUUUGCCUUAGGUUUAGUGGCUCAUUCCAGUUCGUGAAUUCUUUUUAUUGUUGCUGCUGGCUCAAUGAAUCCCUUGACACAUGCCCUGCCAGUUGGGGUUCUUCUUUUGUGGGAGAUACUGUAAACAACACAAGAGAGUAAGAAUAAAACAACUACUUUAUGUUCUGACUGAGA